GUACUCUGCAUUUUUAUACAAUAUAUACAACAGGAUCCAAGCAAAUCGAUUUAGUAUAAUAGUUUGGUCUUAUUGUAACUUUGUCCAAACCUAAAAUUUUAAACAUUUACUUUUCAAUUUAAGCGCAUCUUAAUUCUAAAAUACGAACACCAUCUUAUUCAUAAUUUGAAUAAACCGCUAUAUUUUAUCAACAUUAUCAACCACAGUGAGAGAAGAGAUUUAUGUUACCGACACAGUAAUAUACAGUUCAUAAUUUCACGAGGCGCCACGCUGCCGCUUUCGACGUGCCGCCGCAGUCGCGUCACUUCGCGCAAGCGGAUCAGUCCUAUUUGUGAUCCGUGUUCGGGGCAUCGUGUGAAAUCGUGGAAGCCCGUGAUACGCGGCAAAUGGCCGUCGAUGGCCGCCGUGGUAUCGUUUCCGUGCGAGUUGUUGCGCGUACGACGACGGACGGCUGGUCGUGGAUCCGCGUGAACGCGUCACACGACGUGCGUGCGUCGUGUCGUGUCGCUCGGCCUCGUCGUCGCAACGCCAGGAACGUCGCGGUGGUCCGCGUCGGGGUCGGGAGCAGCGCCGGAACGUGAUGUGAGCGUCGCCGCGGCGGUUUAACCGCGGCCGCCUACACGCGCCGUAGCGAUCUCGCGGGCAGGCGCGCGCGCGCGAACGGCAAACGAGCGGGCGAGCGAAGGAGAGCGCGCGCGCGGGCGAUGAACAACGACGCCGCGGACGGAUCGGAUCGUGGCACGGCGGUGAUGAAAUCUGUGUCCGAGGGCGAGCUGGGCGUGGAGGAAGAGGUUAAACACGCGGAGCCGCGCGGCGCCGCCACGCGACUCAAGCGCACCUUUACACUGCCGAGGAACCCGUUUCAAAGCGCCAGCAGCAGGAUGUCGCGGCGACGUCCGAAGCAACAGCAGCAUCAGCAACAGCAGGCUCACGGCGACUCCAACAAGGACGCCAGCGCGCCCAGUGCCAAGGAGAACAACGCCAGGAACAACGCGCGGCACGCGGAAGGUAUGCAGCAGCUGCAGCGACAGAACGUGACGGGGAGGCUACAUGGCGGCCAAGGCGGCCCGCCGCAGAGCGGCCGCGAGAUCCAGCCGGAGUGCCAGCAGCAGCAGCAGGAGCGGCCGUCCGGGAAGAAGGUGUUCCGCCGGCCCUCGUGGCGGAAGUUCAUCAACAAGAUGGUGCGUCACAUGUCGAGCGUGGGCGCGCAGGGCCACAAGGCCGCGUCACAUCACCGGCGCGCCGCCGGUGUCGACGACCACCAUCACCUCGGCUCGAGCGCGGGCGACAUCAGGGUGCCGCAGCCGCCGCCGCCGUCCUCGCGUCCCGCCCACAUACCGCCCGACCGGGUACCGGGUGUGAUCGGUCUACGCAAUCAUGGCAACACGUGCUUCAUGAACGCCGUGCUGCAGUGCCUCUCGCACACCGACAUCCUCGCCGAGUACUUCGUGCUGGACCAGUACAAGGUGGACCUGUCGCGCCGCAACAAGCUCAACUCGAAGAAGUACGGCACCCGGGGCGAGAUCACCGAGCAGCUCGCCCUGCUCCUCAAGGCGAUCUGGAGCUGCCAGUACGACCCGGAGAUGAGCACCGCCUUCAAGAGCGUCGUCGACAAGUACGGCAGCCAGUACCGCGGCAAUCUGCAGCACGACGCGCAGGAGUUUCUCCUCUGGCUGCUCGACAAGGUGCACGAGGACCUUAAUCAGGCGACCAAGAAGAAGUACAAGAUCAUAAAGAACUCGUUUGGCAGACCCGAUGACAUUGUCGCCGCCGAGACUUUGGCAAACCACGUGCGUUGCAACAACUCCUUCGUGCAUGCCGUGUUCCAAGCGCAAUUCCGAUCUAGUUUGACCUGUCCGAGAUGUCACCGGCAGUCGAACACCUUCGAUCCUUUCCUGUGUGUGUCGGUGCCAGUGCCGCAGAAUCAUCGUCAGAUGAAUCUCUAUGUGAACGUUCUCUACACAUCGCAGCAACCGCGACAGGUCAAGAUCGGCGUGAGCGUGAAUCAAGCGGCCAAUGUGAGGGAACUCCGGGAGAUCCUGGCUAGUGAUACCGGCGUGGAUGAAAAUCACAUGUUGUUAACCGAGAUCCACGACGAAGGCUUUCACAGAACCUUCUCCGACUGUCAACCUCUGUCCGUGAUCACGGAGAACGAUCCACUUUAUUGCAUCGAACUGCCACAGCUGAAAGAGCCUACGGAGCAGGCGUACAUUCUGUUAGUAUGGAUUAACGUUCUCGUGAAGGGGGAUCUGAGACAACGCUUCGGGAGCCCGUACACGAUGCAGGUGUCACGUGAAACAUCGUACGAGGAUCUGCAAAAGCUUCUGCUCAAGGAGAUGCACAGCACGCUAGUGGACGAUGUUCUGACGACCAGCCAGAGUCCGGGGCUUUUCAAUAUCCGCGUGGCGGAUCCGGCGGCGACGCCGAUCCAAGACGAGCACCCCUGCAUCGAUCCUUGCGUGGAGCAUCCGCUUUACACGGAGCAGAUCGAGCAAGCGUUAGCUCUGUGUGCGGACGAUUCCGGGCCGCAGCACGUGAAGUUGAUCCUCGAGUGGGAUGAGGCGACCAAGCGCGACAUUAUACAGGACGAUAGCGAUCAGAUCGAGGAGCACGCGAGCGUGAAGCAGCUGAAGACCAAUUCCGAGCUGGGCGGUGCAGUCACCCUGGAGGAAUGCUUUGAUCUUUAUACGCGGGCGGAGAUCCUCGGCGCAGAGGACGCGUGGCACUGCCCCUACUGCAACAAGAAGCAAGAAGUUGUGAAGAAGUUGGGCCUGUGGUCGUUGCCUGAUAUAUUAGUCAUACACUUGAAGAGAUUUCGUCAGCAGUCCAAGCAGCGUUCAACGUCCAAGCUGACAAUGCUAGUGGACUUUCCCCUGUACGGCUUUGACAUGACACCGCAUCUCGUCCAUAACGGCGUGCAAGCGACGCAUAACAACGUCACCAGCCUGGGCGGACUAGGCUGGUCGCCGUGGAAGAAACCGCGACCGCGGCAACACAAUAUUCCCAAGUACGACGAGAACGUGUACGAUCUGUACGCUAUAUGCAAUCAUCACGGUCAGGACCUUCAGGGCGGGCAUUACACGGCGUUCUGCCGGAAUCCGUACGACACGCAAUGGUACUGCUUCGACGACACGCGCGUGGAGGCGGUGAACAACACGAAUCUGAUCACGAACUCGGCGUACAUGCUGUUCUACCAGCGCAGAGGCCUGUCCAACAACUCUACGGGGAACUCGUCCGCGGCGUCGACGAGCUCGGCCGGCUCCGGCUUGGAUCACUGGGUAUCGAAGAUGCCGCCGUUUUACUUCAACAACAAGAGUGCCAGCGACGUAACGAACAACAAGCAGAGCAAGUCGCAGGAGAUACUCUGUCAGGAGAAGAUCGUCGAGGAGAAAAACUUGACCAACUUUAACCGAGGUUGCGGUAAUUACGCGACUCUGCAGCCGAAGAAGAGGAACGCGGCGACGGAGACCGAUAUCGGGCAGAUCGAUCACUAUUCCGACGACGAAGCACCCUGCAGAAGAGAAUGGGCCUCUCCAAAACCAGUACGAAAAACUUCGUCUAUUACGUUGACGCCACAUAUAGCGCCAGCAAUAAUCCAGAACGCUAGCAGUGAUCCAAAUACAACAGUGAUACACGAAUCGACGUUGUAACACACGAUAUAAGCCAGACUGCGACGUCUGGCUCGAGCGAUGCUCAAUGUACAGUGCCUGGUGUGCCGUGAUGUUUGACCAACAUCGAAUAGCGGAAUAAAGAGGACAAUUCUGCUAAAAUCCGUAAAUCCGUUAUUUUUCGAUCACCCGACGAGAACGAGAUACCCAAGGACACGACAAGAGAUGCUCGUUCCUCCUCUACCUACGAAUUUAUAGAUGUUUUUUCAUAUGGAAGUGAUGGUGGACUUCAACAAUGUGCUCUUCUUCGCGCAUGCUAUUCCGAAAAAAAAAAAAUGUAACAAAUCUAUAAGUGCAGGCGACUUUGUGAAGACGAUAGAGAGAUACGAGGCAUUAGUGAUUUUUCUAAUUGUAAUAAUGUAUUUGUAUACAGCGCUCGCGUGAAUUGUAUUAUAUGAUAGCUGCUAAGAUAGCUUUUUAAAGACAAAUCUUAUACUCAGUAUGAAAGGCAAAGGAAAGAAUCGCAAGUAAUCUUAAGGGAGAAAAAAGGAAGACCUCUAGUGUUUAUAUAAAAUUAGAUCUUAGAUGCGAUAGGCAACUAAAAAGUUCUACAUAUGUCCAGAGAGAGGGAGGAGUAGAGUAAUUCCCAAAAUGCGAUUUCGUGCGCGAUUCUAACGCGAUUCUCUAUAAUAUCGUUAUGCUAACGAGCGUCACUCGCCGCCGCGUUGUGUCACGAUGAAAGUAUACGACAAUAACGAAAAAAAAAAAAGAAUUUGUACCUUACAGAUCCCCUCUGCUGCGUUCACCACACGCCCGCGUUUCUCCGCUCGAUCGAUCGAUCGUUUCUGGACAUACCGUGUAGCUAUGACUAUUGACUGUCGCUUCGAAUCUAUGCUUAAUUGUAAUAUUUAUAUUCUACUUGUAUCAUAUAUCCACUAGUGGCCUUAUCGAAGUAAUACCGACACACACGCGUCAUUAUAUCAAGCACACUAAUCAUAACUGUCGCUUGGUACAUUUUACUUUAGGCAUCGAGAUUGUUUUACACAAGAGCCACCGAGCCUAUACGAGAUAUAUCAGUUUUGCUAUUCUUCUUUUUUGAUUCGCUUGCUUAGAAGACACACACAACCGCAAAUAAGUUGCAAAUUGUAAGUCGCAAUUCUCAUUCGAGUUCUUCCAACGACUGCGUGGGCACGGUACUCACCGCUAAUUUGACACGGUAGAAUCACGGCAAUCGUUUUCAGAAGACAGAGUGGCUUCUUACAACCCGCGGUUGGUUUUUCAUAGAGAUUAAAGAUACCUGAUGAUUUCCCAGUUCGAAAGAUCAUUCCAAUCGGACGUUGAGUAGAGUGCGAACGAGAGCGAGAGAGAAAGAGAGAGUGUGUGUAAAAGCGAGAAUUUAUGAAUAUAUAUGUGUAUACACACGUACGACUAUAUAGUGAGCGGAAGAUAUUUAAAUUAUUUUGUUGAUUAACAUUUAUUACUAGUCACACGUCAUGCCGCGGAUUCAGGGGUGGGAAGCGCACGUAACGAUGAUUCAGAGCGACAAACAAAAAAAACGAAUGCGUUAAAACCCCUGGUUAAAAAUGAGUUUCGAAGCUGCGCUAAUCGACUGAGGAAUAUACGCAUUAUUAAUAUUAUUACUCCUUAUCCUUUCGUUGAAAUAAAUAGAGGAUAUACAUGUAUGAGUGAAAUCGGAUCAUUCCAUUUUGUGCACGUUGCGUAAUGUAACUUUGUCGUUCUUGAUCCACGACUGUCGUGCCGCCCGUCGUAAGCGUCGCAUUUUGUUACACGUUUAUAAAGGAGAAAAAAACGAAAAAAAAAAAAAAUAGAAAGAUACAUCUUGCGGUUUAUUGCACAGAUGAUAUAUGCGUAUCUCAUCUUUUUGAAUCUUUAUCUUUUUAGAAUCAGCAUUAACUUAUGCAAAGUUCUCUACUUGUUGAUCAAAUAAAACGGGACUUAAGUAUGAGACGCUGCGACUCUGAGAUAUAUAUUACCGGCAUGAUCAUGCGGAAUCGUGAGUAACUUGACGAGAAAUUGAGAAUAAACACGAUGAGACAAAUGUGCGAAAUGCUUUCCUUUCUAUUACUUUUAGCAAAAUAGAAAGUUUUACAUCUAUAUAAUUUCUAUUACUUUUAGUAAAAUAGAAAAUUUUACAUCCAUAUAACAUUGUGAAAAUAUUUCCGAAUCGUGGAAAGAUAAAGCAUCUGUCUAAUUGCUAAAAA